AUGAAAUCCGAUUUCAAUGUUGACAAAAAAAAUAUAUCAGAUGAACGUAUAUUGAAGGAAGAUGAAGUUGCUAUUAAGAUUCAUGCUGAUGCAUAUGAAGGAGAUAGUGAACAAAGUCAAUAUCUCAGAGUAACACAAACCACCAUAGAAGCAUAUUCUGAUGAACGAUCAGAAAGUGAAGCACACACUCAAACCAGUUUAAGAGAGUUAAACGCAGAACAAAUCGUUCAGAUUUCAAUAAGCGAGAAAUUAACUGAUCACAUUGAUGAAUUCGCGGAUAAUUAG